AUGGCAUCAAAACGGAAAUUUAGUCCUCUCUGGAACCAUUUUGACAGCACGGAGCCGAAGAAAGCUAAAUGCAACUAUUGCUCAAAGAUACUAACGUUAUCUUGCAGUUCAAUUGGGACCUUAAGUAGGCACAUGAAAAAAGUCCAUCCGACGGUAAAUAUCGCACCGAAAAGGCUUGAGUCAAUAGAUGAAAGCGAAGAAAAUUCCAACAAGAAUGUACAAGUGGCCACCACAAGUUCUACAAUAUCAGUGGUGACUACAACCACUUCUUCUGGGACCAGACCAACUGUAACAACAACUAACAUUAUAUCAGCUACAAAGGGUAAGGUGGCCGGAACUACAGUAAAAGAUUACAUCGUAGUCAAAAAACCUCUUCCACUAAUUAGGACGCAACAGCUGGACGAGCAGCUAAUAAAAAUGAUAGCCAAAGGGUAUCAUGCCUUCAGACUUGUGGAAGAGAAGGAAUUCCAAAAAUUCGUGGACAUGCUUAAUCCUUCAUAUAAAUUGCCCACUCGUAAAACUCUUUCUGAAAGCCUUCUUUCCAAGUUAUAUAACAGGACGAUAGAAAGUAUGAAAAAAGAAAUUGGUGGUGAGUCAGCCACUGCCGUUUGCAUUACUACUGAUGGAUGGCGCUCAGUAACGAAUGAUGAUUAUAUUGGCAUCACGGUCCAUUUUAUAGAUCCCGAAACCCACAUUUUACGUACUGUCAUGAUUGAUUGUUUACAAUUUAACGAGAGUCACACAAUGAUAAACAUAUCAGAAUUUCUAAAAGAGAAAUUUCGUGAAUGGUGCAUUGACCAGAAAAUUUGCGCGAUUGUCAGCGACAACGCGUCUAAUAUUCUGGGUGCCGUUCGAAUCGGCGGGUGGCGUUCUAUAAGAUGUUUCGCACAUACUAUCAACCUAGUUGUGAAGGACAGCCUAGAAAUUAUCGCUGAUACCGUGAUCAAGGUGAAAAAUGUGGUGGAGUUCUUCAAUAGAAGCAUGCCUGCGCAGAGAAAACUUAAAGAGAUACAGGAGCAAAUGCAUUUGGCACCACUGAAAUUGAAACAAGACGUGUGCACUAGAUGGAACUCUACGUACGAUAUGCUCAACCGGUUCCUGAAGAUAAAAGAAGCUCUUAUUGCUUCAAUAGCAAUCAUGACAGCCGAAUUGGCCCUGACGCCCAACGACUGGAUGAUUAUUGAAAAAUCCCUACCGAUCUUGUCCAUCUUCUACGAGGUGACUAAUGAGGUUAGUGCUGAAAACUACGUGUCCGCAUCCAAAUAUAUAGUGCUGUGCAAACUAAUGUACACACAAAUUCAAAAAUUUUCGAAUGAAACCGUGGAAACCAUUAAAGGACUUGUUUCUUUUUUUAAAACAGAACUUAUGCAUCGUUUCGGUGAUAUAGAAAAGAAUAUGUUGCUUAGGGAAGCCACAAUACUGGACCCACGCUUCAAAAAAUCUGGUUUCAGGGAUAUAAGAAACUUCGAAGCGGCGGCAGCCGAUUUAAAAUUAAAAAUUGGGAGGAUAGUUCUUUCAGACGAACGCCCUUUGCAACCAGCAGAGCCUGUCGAACCAACCCCAGGUUGCUCAAAAGUAAGCUCACUUUGGGAACAGUUUGAUGGAGAAGUGGCACGCCAGGUACCCGAAAAUCCGGUUGCUGCGGCUGAGCUGGAAGUGCGGUUAGGACCUUCUGCCGCUGUGUCAGCCUUCUGA